AUGGGAAACGAUUCAAGUUAAAUAGAAAAAUUUACAGAUGCAGUGCUAGCUAACUUUGAUAAUUUCGUAAUUGUGGAAGGAUAGGAAGUUUAGGGUAUAUUUGGUAAAUGCGUUUUGUACCAAAAGAAGAGCAAGUAGAAUGAGUAUGUUAUUUGUAAAAAAAUCUAAAUAGGGAGUGAAGCAAAAUAAAAACAUAUUUAACAGUAUUUUGAAUAGAGAAUGCAAAUCUAGCAUUCUAAUUUAUUGAAGUUUUAUGGUUAUUCAUUUAACAGAUAAAACAGCAUAUGCUCCACAAAUUACUCCUUUAAUGCAUACUUUGAAUAUCACCCUAUCUCUUUGUUGCAAGAAAAUAAUAAUAGACAGCAAAAUGAAGAAAUAUAUUAGCUUAAUGAAUUGUGGUACAUGGCUAAAUGUUUAAUUAGCUUAUGUGACUACUUACAAUAAAAUGAUGAAGUGCAUCCAAAUAUUCACCCAUCUUCUAUAUUCCUUACAGAAGCUGGAUAAUUAAAGCUUGUAGAUAGCUCUGUGUUAAAUCUAUCCUCUCCUCAACAAAAGCAACACCAUAUGUCUUUUGAAAACAGCUAAACACAUGCUUAAAUGUAGUUUGAAUAGAGAUAUAUUGCACCAGAGGAAGUCAUCCAUUAAAAAAAUAUGAAUAAAUAUAAAUUAUCUGUUUUUCAAAUAGGAAUGACUCUCCUUGAGAGUGCUCUGAUUCAAGAUUGUUCAUAUAUUUAUUUAGAAGAUGACUCCAUCAAUUAAAAUAGCUUAGAUUUUCUUAUUAAUAAAGUCCAAGAAGUUUAUGGUGAUUAAUUUACUACCUUCUUAAAAAAGAUGCUAUAACUAAAUCCCAAUAAUCGUCCUGACAUACACGAAAUUUACUAAUAGCAAUUUAAAAGUGUUGAUUAAACAAACUAAAGUUAACUUUCUUUAAAUCGCAUGAGUGAAGUUGUUGGGGAAACUUCUCCUAUCCCAAGAAGCAUGAGGCUCAACUCUUCACUUAUAAAUCAAGGUAAUUUCUUGAAUAAUCAGCCAAGUUAAUAAAAUAGUGUUGUUAAUUCAAACAAUACAAAUGUUGUAAAUAACUCCAACAAUAAUAACCAUAGCAGAAUAAGUAGCUCAAGAUAUGUCAUUUCUAAGACUAGCACUUUACAACAAAUAGGAAUAAAUAACUAACCAAAUAGUAUCAAUUAAAGCAUAGCUAGCUUAUAGAGUAAAUCAAACAUACCAUAAUUUGAUAAUAAUCUGAUCAAAUCACCAAUUAAUUACUAUAUUAAAAUGGAAAAAGCUACCCCUAUCUAAUCUGUUUAAACUACUUAGAAAAACUCUCCAAUUAAAGAGUAGAUAAAUACUAGUUUUAACUUCUAAGAAGCUAAUAAUAAUUCACAGAAAGCGUUAAAUUAGUCUGUAAUAAAUGCGAAUAAUAAUCCAAGUAGUGGUCAUUAUUUGCAUAACUUCUAGUCUUUUUCAAAUACUAUGAAUAAUCCAUAGGUUGAAAAUAACGGAAAUUCUGGUUUAAAUAAUAGUAAUACUUCAAUAGGUUAAAGCUGGUUAAAGUAGAACAAUACUAAUUACUAUAGUUUUAACUAAACACAGCAUUCUUUUAAUUAGAAUGAACAGUAGCACGGAUAGCCUAUUAAAUAUAUUGAAUCUAAUAAUAAAAAUAGCUAGUAUAGUAAUUCACCUCCUAAGAUGCUAGUCAAUGCGUAGGAAUUAAAUUAAAACGCAGCUUAGCAGUAGAUUAAAAAUAAUGAAAGCAAGCAGUAAUAAUAAUUCUAUUAGAAGCAACCAUCAUAAUUAUAUGAUAAAGGUGAUUCUAAAUUAAAUCAAAGCACAGUAUCUACUUAAGGCUUGAAAGACUCUUAUUUAAUUUAGAACGGUCAAUAACAUUAGACUAAUAACGAAGUAAGAGAAGGGUCAGUUUCCUAGUAAUUUGUUUACUAAAACCCUGUGAAUAAUACAACAACAGUGUACAAAGUGCAUUAUUCAAGAGGUAGUAGUCCUUAGAAUAUAACCAAAUAAAGCCCAAAUUAAUUCAGUGACAAAGUAAGCUUUGGUGAGCAUGCAAAAGUGAAUGAUUUAAAAAAUAGUAAAGUCUAAGGUGUUUAGAACUCAUAAUCUUAAUAAUCAUCAUCAAUAUCUCAACAAAAUAAUAUUCAAGAGAUAAAUAAAAAAAUAAAUAACUAUUACUCCCAAACAAGCAAUAGCCAUUCUUAAUUACAAAACUAAUAAGCAGAGACAUAAAAAAGCAUGCUUGCAGAAUAAUAGCUCAAAAGGAAAUCUAUAACACUAGAAAAAGAUGAGAGUCUCUUGGAUAAAAAUGGAGUCGAAAGUUAGAACUAAAAAAAGUCAACGCAAAUCAAAACCACAUAAAUAGUACAUCCAAAACAGAUAGCAUUAAAUAUUACCCCUAAAUGA